AUGCGAGCUCGUUUAACCUAUAUUUUUCGUCAAAAAUUCACACAUCAAAUAAUUACAACGAGUUUGACAGGUGGAUUGUUUGCAGGUUAUUUAUUUUCAAAAUAUAAACCAAUUGUUCAUGCUGAAACAAAUACAUCUAUUAGAGUUGGAGAACGAAUUUCAACAUUACCAACUUAUAGUAUGGUUGAGGUUGCUAAGCAUACAACACAAGAGAAUGGUUAUUGGCUUGCCUUUAGAGAUGGUGUCUAUGAUAUAAGUUCAUUUGUUGAAAAUCAUCCAGGUGGUAAACAAAUUUUGAAAACAGUUGGUAAACCAUUAGAAUCUUGUUGGAAAAUAUUUACAAUACAUCAAAUUGAACAUGUUUAUGAAAUCUUAGAACAUUAUCGAAUAGGAAAUUUACCACCAGGUGAAAGAGAAGCAAAUGAAAAAAUUCAAGAAGAAAUUCUCGAUUUAUUUCAAUAUGAUCCUGAACGAAUAAAUGCAAAAGACAAUUUUUUUAUUCGUUCAGAAAGACCAUAUAAUGCUGAAACAAAACCUUCUGUACUUGUUUCAUCAUUUAUAACACCUGUUGAAAAAUUCUAUGUACGAAAUCAUAUGCAUGUACCAUUUGUUAAUAUCAAUGAAUAUAAAUUAGAAAUUGGAAAUGAAAAAUCAACUUAUUCACUAUCAUAUGAUGAUUUAAAAGAUAAAUAUCAAUCAUAUACAAUAAUAUCAGCUUUACAAUGUGCUGGUAAUCGUCGUAGUGGAAUGAAUAAUGAACAACAAGGAACAGUACAAGGUACAUCAUGGAAUGUUGGUGCUAUUGGUAAUGCUCGUUGGACAGGUGUUAAAUUACGUGAUGUUUUGGAAUCAUUUGGUCUUGAUAAAGAAGGAAAACAUGUACAAUUUAUUGGUCUCGAUUGUGAUUCAUCACAAAGAUGUUAUGGUGCAUCAAUUCCAAUAGAAAAAGCACUUAAUGACGAUACAUUAAUUGCAUAUGAAAUGAAUGAUGAAACAUUAACAAGUGAUCAUGGUUAUCCAUUACGUGUAUUAGUACCGGGUACAGUUGGAGCACGUAGUGUUAAAUGGGUUAAUCGAAUUAUUGUUUCGGAUAAAGAAUCAGAUAGUCAUUGGCAAAAAGCUGAUUAUAAAAUUCUUCCAUCAUCAAUAAAAGAACCAAAACAAAUUGAUUAUGAUCGUAUACCUGCUUUACAAGAAUCAAAUGUUCAAUCAGCUAUUUGUUAUCCAGCAUCGGAUGAUGAUGGAAAUAAAGUUAAAAUUUUAUCAAUUAAACCAAAUGAUGAUGAUAUUAAAAAUAAAAAACUUACAAUUAAAGGUUAUGCAUUUAGUGGAGGUGGAAGACAAAUACAUAAUGUACAAAUUAGUCUUGAUCAUGGAAAAACAUGGUUUCUAACUGAACUUGAACAACUAGCGCAACCAUAUAUGCGUGCAUGGUCAUGGACUUUAUGGACUUAUGAUAUACCAUUCAAUGAUAUACCUUCUAAACCAUUUGAUAUUGUUUGUCGUGCAAUGGAUAUUCAUACCAAUUCUCAACCAGAUACUCCAUUAGGAAUAUGGAAUAUACGUGGUCUUAUGAAUAAUGCUUGGCAUCAAGUAACUUUAAAAAUUGAUAAAAAUUUCUUAAAAGAAAAAAAUCAAUGA